UUUUGGCACAUUGUUCCCCGUAUGACCGAUAGGGCUAUUACGGAGAUUCCAUUGGAGUCCCACCUAAAAUUAUCUGCGACAUCGUGUGCCUUGCAGUGUCAGACCAGAAUAGUCUGCAAACUAUUCCAGUAUAAUAAGAUAACCAAACAGUGUGAUUUAUAUGACGGAGAGGGUUAUAAGGCGGUAGAAAGAGAAAAUGAGAACCGAUUCUAUCAAAGGAUGCCUGAUGGUUGUGUAGCGGGGCGUGAUGAGUGGUUUCCCGAGUACCAGUCUUGUAUCUGGAUCCACACGGAGAGUCUACCGUACGAGGAGGCAAAACAGAGAUGUGAAUCAGGAGGCAAAAUGAUGAUGGAAGCACGAAAUAUAACCCAGAUGCAGACUUUGAUGAAUCUUCUCGAUUUAAAAUGGAUCCAUGUACUUGCCUUCCUGAUAAAAGAUAAUACAUAUGAAUGGAAUGACGGUUCUCUGGUCUCGCACGACUGGUGUCCUAAUCAGCCAAGUGAAAACACGGGUUGUAUUGGAGUAGAUCUCACUAACUGGUGUCCUUCCGGAGGACUGGACGACUAUCCGUGUACGGACGAAAGAACUUUCUUUUGUGUUUAAAAUUUGUCUGAAAAUCCA